AGUAAGUACUAUUGAACACGAACCAUGAAAUCAUUAUACAUAUUGUGUUUACUUGUUUCAUUGAUAUUAUAUGUGAAUAGUGUAAUAGAAGAUUCUAUGCGACAGCUACAACAUCAUAAAGAUCAUAGACCAGGAUCACAGCCAAACCUAUAUCAAUGUAUCGCAUGCAGAACUUCUGUUAGACAAGUUAGAAAUAUCUUUUUAAGUUCAUCAACUAAGAAAUCAGUGAAAGGUAUAAUUGCAAAUCUUUGCGCAGGAACAGGCCCAUUUAAUACUUCAUGUACCAUGUUCGCCAGUGAACUUGCAUCAAAUAUCUUUUAUACAAUCAGUCGGGUGAUACCACAACAUAUCUGUGCUGUUUUCGAUUUCUGUUUUAAUCCACCUAAGAUAUCCGUUUGUGAAUAUUGUCUCAGAUCUGGACUAUUGGUUAAAUCAAUAUUACUGUCAAAUACCAUUGUAUCAGAAUUAUACAACAACACCGUAACUAUGUGUAAUACACAACUUAAUCAUUCAAUCAUAUGUGCUCCAUUCCUGCAUGACUUAUUCUUGGCAGUAACUUUAAGCUUCAACAAAGAGUUUAUUAUGCAACGCUUUUGUCAGAAUGCUGGAUUUUGUUUAAAACCAUAACAUAUCAAUGUGGAUAAAUAUCAUUUCUUAUUGUAACAAACUACAUUGUGAAAUGUCGUCCAUUUAUAGUCACUAAACAAAUAAACUGUUGAAAUGUACACAGUCUUUUGGAUCUCACCAAAUACAGGAGAAUAAACUGAUUCUUUUUAAAACUGAUUUUUUUUUAAAAUAACUUUAUCAGUA